AUUACAUUAGGCAACAUUCAAUACAAUAAGUAUAAAAUAUAGGUUCUGUAUUCAGUUGACCUAGUUUAUUUUGCGUCGGUAAAAGUAUUGUUUCUUCGUAAGAAAAAUGUAUCUCCGAAUAAUAUUGUUUGUUGCCGCCGUUGUUUUUGAGAACAACGCAUGUCCUUGCGCGUCAUCACCUCUGUACGCGCCAGCCAUCACCAGCUUCUACCCCGUGGCUGGUCCCAGCGCCUACUCCGUAGUAUCCAGCCCCUGCGGAUGUCAAACUAGUCCCUGCGGAUGUCCCAUCAGUCCCUGCGGAUGCAGUAACCCCUGCGCCUUCUCCGCGGCAGGUCCGUGCCCGUACGAGGUGAACCCUUGUGGAUGCGGCCUCAGCCCGUGCAGCUGCCCGGUGUCCAGCCCGUGUGGAUGCGCCGCGCCUAUUGUCUGUGGUUGUGGCUCGCCUAGCCCCUGUGGUUGUGGCUCCCCUAGCCCCUGCAGUUGUGGCUCAAUUAGCCCCUGUGGUUGCUCAACCCCUGUUUCUUGCGGUUGUGGCUCCCCUAGCCCGUGUGGGUGUGGAUACCCCGGUCCCUACACUUGCGGCUGCGACGGCGUCCUGACCAGCCCCUACGACCUGCCUUCAUGCGGCUGCUUCAAGGACCUCUGCAACCCCUGCGAUGACUGCCAGUGCAAGGCCAAGCCAGUAUGCGCCUGCCUCGACGCCGCAAACGAAAACAGCUGCAGCUGCACCAAAAUUAAACCCUACAUCUUCUUCCCUGAGGUUGAAUAUCCCUUGACCUUAUUGGAGGUUAACAAGCCGUUCUACUACAACACUUGCUACGGAUAUUAAUUGACUGAAUAAAAUAUGA